AUGUGCUUUUUAUUUAUAAUUUCAGCUUUUCUAGUAUUCUUUUGCGAAAAUUGUGAAACUGCAGGUAAAUUUUCAAACUUUGAUAUGAAAUAUGAAAUACACAAGAGUUAACGCGAAAGUGCAGAUUUUUCGAAAAACGCACCAUAUUUGACGCAAAAAUGCAGAUUUCUGAAAAAAUUUCACGAGAAAUUGCAGAUUUUUUGAAAAAAUACAGCAAAAUUCACGAGAAAUUGCAGAUUUCUCAUUUGCAGCGUGUUCUUGUGCACAAUGCAGUCUAGAAUUACUCGAAGACAAUUGCACAGAGAUAAUUGGACAUAUUAUAAUAAGUCUAGAAUCACAAAUGCCACCGUAUGAGGUAACCUAAAAUUAAUUUCAGGUCAACUAAUCAACUACUUUUUUCAGAUGAUUGAAUAUAAGCUGGAGAACAUGCAAAAAUUGACGGGAUGUUUAACGAUAGCAAAUUCAGGCUUUACAAAUCUCAGUUUUCUUCAAAAUCUGGAAAUUGUCGAAUAUUCUGAAAUUGGAGUUGCUGCAUCUUGUCGAACCUAUGCGAACACAAUUACAAUUGCUAAAAAUGCACUUUUGCGCGAUGUUUCAGCGCUGAAAAAUCUGAAAAUCCUGAAUUCCGGUGAGAAUACGGAAUAUGGAUUGUAUUUGGUGGAUAAUCCGAGUUUGUGUUUGGAGGAGGAAGAAUUGGAGGCGUUUUUGAGAUUUGACAAAUUUUAUGCACCACAUUUUCGAAUUUGUCAUGAGAAUUUGUUGAAUAGUGGGUUUUUUUGUUUUUUUGCUUGAAAAAUAUGCGGGCGUGAGAAAACUGAGAGAAAUUUUUCGGAAAUCAAUUUCCGGUUGAUAAUUAAGAACUAGAUUUUUUGAACAAUUUUUCCAAUUUUACCCUUAAAAUUUGGGAUUUUCACUGAAAAUUUCAGGGUUUUUAGCUCAAAAUCUUGGAUUUUCAUGAAAUCUCAAGAAAUUUGAGCAAAACUUUGUUUAACAUGAGCAAUGCUUCUUUUUUUGUGAAAUAGUGAAACUUUCAUAUUCGGACUCGAAAAAUCUAUUCCUAAAUUUCAGCUCAAUUUUGCUGAAAAUUGCGAAUUUUAACAUUUGAAACGCGAAAGUUAAGUUUUUCAUGAAAUUUGAGCAAAAACUUCUAACAUGAGCAAUGUUUCAUGUUUCAAUGAAUUCCAACUCGAACGAAACCUGAAAAUGUGCGCUUUUCUUAAAAUGAAACCUAUCUGAACUAUAGUCUACACAUGGUGUAAUUUACUACCAAAAAUCUCUAGGCUUCAAAAUUUACAAUAAAUUUUCUGGUAGAUCAAAAAUGUUUUUCUCUAAAUCUCUCAUUUUUGCGUUGAAUUUCGUCGGUUUUAGUCCCGCCCCAAAAAUUGUGUCAGGUCUCAAAAAAAGCGCGAAAAUUUUUGGGUAGUGAAUUACACCCUGUGUCUAGUUAAACAUAACAACUUUAUUGUUGAAUUGAUCGAUUAAUUUCCUCAAAAUCCAUUAUUAACAAACUUAUCAUUGUUGAAAUGACGCAUUCGAGCAAAUUUAUGAAUCUUAGACGCAGAUGUCGAAAAUUUCGAGGAUUUCUGAAAAUUUGCGAUUUUUUGAAAGCAAGCAUGAUUGUUUUUGGAAAAUUCCGCGAAGCGACGCCUGAGGCUAACUUCAAAAGUACUAUGCCGCCUCGCGGAAUAUUCCGCUUCUGCGCUCGAGAAAAACUUACGCUACGAUUACAAUGAGAUAUAGUAAAACGGCGACCAAUUGCAUGUCUGGAUUCCUUGUUCUUCCUCGAAACGCAAAAAUCAUGAACCAUACAAAAAUUAUGAACCAAAUUAAUUGAGUUGGGUCCUGAUCUUGUUCAGAUAUGGCUUGAUUUUCAGGCGCAAUAGAAAUAUCCAUUUUUUUAGAAAACAAAGGAUUUUUGGCGGGCAAAAAACUAGGUGGUAUAAAUUGUUUGGUGCAGGGUUUUGGGAAGUUUUGGUGUGAAGUUCUGUACUUUUAACAUGAGCAAUGCUUUAUUUUUCAUGAGAAUAGCUUAUUUCGUGUCAAAAUGACCCAAUUUUCACAAAAAAAUUUGAAAUGAGAUGAAAAUAGCAUAUUUGGUAUCAAAAAAACCUUAAAAAGAAGCAUAGACCUUAAAAAAUCCCAAUUUUCCAGAAACCUAUUGUCGUCUGGAUAGUCUUUCAUUUUUCAAUCAUUCAAAUCUUCCCGAAAAUUGUCAAGUUCUAACGGAUUCAAUUGUCAUCAAUGGAUCUAUCACAUUUGAUUUGGAAGAUUCUCUAAAUUCCACUGAUUUUCUCGAUUUUUUCUUUUUUUCGAACGCGACAUUUCAAGAAAGAUUGAAUUCGAUUCAGGAGAUUUUUGGAAAUAUUGUUGUCAUGAAUUCGGAUUUGGAAAAGUUGGAUUUUCCCAAUUUGAGGAGGAUUUAUAAUUUUCAGCGUGAGUUUUUUUUGAAAAAAAUUCUGAACUCAUCUGCAGAAAAAAUUUCCAAAAUAAAAUAGGUUUCAAAAUUUUCUCAAAAUGUAACUAGCUUUGAAAAAAAAACAAUUUUCUUCGAUUUCUACUGCAAAGAAGUCUACAGUACCAUUCUUUGAUAAAUUUUUGCACUAUUAUCGAAAAUCUCAUCAGUACUACGCGCUCCACCGAAAUAA